AUGUCGAACCAGGACUCUCCUAUGCGAAACUUCAGUCUACGGAACGUCAAUACGAGCAAACCUCAAGUCUUCCGAACGGACUCACGGCAAUCUAUUGCCGCGUCGGACGAUUAUUAUUCUUUCUCGGAUCGAGCGUCGCCAGGGUCAUCAAGUCCCGAGAGCCGUGUAACGGCAAUGCGCUUCACGACGCCAGAUGAACGGUCGCAGGCAUCACCAACCUCUUCACACCGAAGACAGCUUGCCAGGGGCCCUUCAAUGAUGGAACGUUAUCAAGCAUCCCCUAGGGACCUCGGGUCUCCACGCCCAGGUACCUCGAGUACAGUCCGGUUCCGCGAAGACCGAGUAACUCGAAUCAGUCCCAAAUCCGACGAAACGAUUCGACAAGUUCCCCCCAGCCGCGAAUAUGCUGGCACAGCACCAACGCCGGGGCUAGAUGAUUCGCCCUAUGUUCGGUUCGCAAUUGAUCAGCUCACUGCGGAUGAACAUGUCGGGGCCCAACGAACGGAUUCAGUUUCCACGAACAAUGACUACCCCGGCGAUCGUCUUGUGUGGGAUGAGAGUUUGGGAUAUUUUACUCGCGCUCGAACUCCAAUUCGACACAUGGAGCUGCCACCCAGACCCAAGUACAAGUCGCCGUCACCGCAAGCACUUCCCCAGAGACCCGAUUCGAUCGAUCCCGAGUCAUUCGUUGCUGUCGAUGCGCCAGAGCAAAGCCUCCUGUAUCCUCCACUCAACUACCGGCCUGUUAUGCUGCGGCCUUGGGCUCUGGGUGGUGUAAUUACUUGCUGCCUGCUUAUGAUCGCUGGAAUCGCAUUUUGCAAUGUCUGGUCCCAUCGCCACCAAGGAAUCUGGGAUUAUAGAGGUCAGGGUGAUUCUCGGUAUUUUGUGAUGGAAUUCCUUCCGCAAAUACUCGCUGCGCCGAUAGUGAUUCUGAACUUUAUGGUGCAGGCUGCAGUAUAUCGAACUGCGCCAUUUGCCAUUAUGGCUGCUGAGCGCCAAAUCGGUUAUGUCUUGCAGGGGCUGCCCAUUCUCCCACGCAACUUUGUUUCCCCUGAUCUUUCGCAUUUCCGGUACGGCGAGGCUCUCUUUGGCUUCUCUAUGUUUACCAUCUGGCUGUCAAACUUCUUCUCUAUCCCACUGCUGAGCUGCCUAUUUCAGGCGAAGUAUUAUGAGAUUGACGGCGAAGGAGUAUGGAGGUGGGCAUCGGUACAAUCAGUGGGAUGGACUCUGGUAGCCUCAUACGGUCUCUUGGCUAUUGGGCUGAUUGGAAUUCUCCUUCGAUACGUCUUCCGAUGGACUGGCCUGAUGUGGGACCCCGUUUCCCUGGCAGAUCUGAUCUCCAUCAUCCAGCGGUCCAACAUCCUCCACGACUACGAACACUCCGAAACCGUUCCAAAAGUUCGGGAAUCCUUGGACCCUCGGAUUCUCCGCCUAGGCUACUGGAAGCUGUCAAUGAAGCCUGAUAUAUUCUACGGCAUCGGAGAAGUAGAUGCCCCCAUUCGCACGCCUUCCCUUCACCAGACCGAAAAGGGCAAAGGGAAGCAACCCCAUGGCCUCGCCAGGGUCUGUUUUGACCUCGAGCAUGCAGGCGCUUUCGCUAACGAUCCAUUCGACCACCAUCUCUACUCGCCAUUCACCCGAUACCGCUGGACACCAUGGUUCCUCCGCAAGGUCGCUGUCAUCACCUGGAUCAUCAUUGUAUUCGCCCUUUUCAUCGCCUUCGUGACCGUCAGCUUUGUCCACAACGCCGUCGAAAGAGGCUUCCCUCCCAAGCUUCCAACUCUCCCUUCAACCGGCGCCUUCUCCUCAUCGAACUUCCUCUACAGCUUCAUCCCCGCCCUAAUCGGCAACGUCCUCUUUCUCGCCCUGCAACCAAUUGACAUCUACUUCCGCGCUCUCCAACCCUUCGUCGAACUCUCCUCUCCCAACGGCGCCUGCGCUGAAAAGAGCAUCCUCCUCUCCUACCCAUCGUCCGCCCCAGUUCAAGUCACCCUUCAAGCCCUGAUCAACGGCCACUACAAAGUCGCCUGGAUCUCCUUCAUGAGCUUUAUCUCAAUCGCCAUUCCAAUCCUAGCCGGUGGAGUCUUCAUCGCCCUCUGGUACCCCUCCACCUCCGACGUCCGCAUCUCCGCCUUCAUGCCCGCCUUCUACGCACUGAUCGCUUUCUGCGGUCUCUACGCCGUAUCCUUCCUAGCCACCUGGCCAGGUCGACGACGUUACCUCCCUCAUGAUAUCAGCACGCUCGCCGACCUGAUGAGCUAUUUCUACCAGACUCCUCUCCUAGCGGAUAAACUCCUCCGGGAACCACGCAGUAAGACAGACCUCGUCACUCGCCUGAUUGUCGCUCCGCCCUCUGAGCGUCUCCUGCCCAAGUACGGCUUCGGGAUCUACGUUGGCCGUGACGGCAAGGAACACCUUGGCAUUGAUCGCUUCCAUCGACCUGGCCGCACGGAUAUGUUGAUUACGACGGGGACAAUGAAAUGA